AUAAAAAAAUUAUAUUUUUUUAAAUAGAUGACCCGUUACUCGCCCGUUUAUUAAACAGGAGAGUUAGAAUUAUCAUGUGUGUGAUCCGUUUAACAUCGAUCCGUUUAUAAUCCGAUCCAUUUAUGACCCGAUUCAUUGGUGAUCCACCCAAACCCAACCCGUUCGCCCGUUUUGGUAGGCCUAGACUGCGUGUAAGGCCUUAGUGGUAAGUGAUGCUUCCUUGACAAGCCAACAACCAUUAACAAAAUAACUUUCCAAUUGUUGGGCCCCACAAGGAGGGAAACCCAACAAGUUCUGCUACUCGCUAGUAAUUUUCCCAAAACAACCAAUUAACACCCACGCUAGUCCAAUGCUCACCUACGAGUUAUACCUCACCUGCUUCCUCCGCCUCCUAAUCUCCGUCGCGGCCCCCGGCGACCACCCAUACACUCCAACAGAUUAUAUCCUCCUCAGCUGCGGCGACUACUCAAAUGCAACCUCUCCCGACGGCCGCAUUUGGGACGGCGACGCCCUCUCCAAAUUCUCUCCCCCCAACAUCCGCAACUCUUCUUUCCAGUCAACAGCCUUUCACCAAGACCCCUCUGUUCCCCAAAUCCCUUACUUAACAGCCCGCAUCUUCCACUCCCCAGCCAGCUACGCCGUCCCAGUCUCCCCGGGCCCAAAAUUCCUGCGCCUCCACUUCUACCCAGCUACAUAUUCCAGCAUCGAAAUUUCCCAAUUCUUCUUCUCCGUCACCGUCAACGGCUACACUCUUUUGAGCAACUUCAGCGCCUAUCUCAGCGUCGCCGCUUCAAACCCUCAUGUGUCUUUCAUAAUCAAAGAGUACUGCAUCAACACCAGGGACUACCAGGAACUCUACAUAACCUUCUCGCCGUCUCCGAGCUCCCACGCCUUCGUGAACGGCAUUGAAAUCGUGUCCGUGCCGACAAAUCUCUAUAGCCGCGGCGAGGAUUACCCUCCCACCUUCGUUACCCAGAUGUACUCUAACUUCUUCGUGGACAAUUUCACGGUCCUCGAAACGCUUUACCGGUUAAAUGUCGGCGGAAACCUCGUCCCCGGCGGUGAAGAUACUGGCAUGUUUCGGACAUGGCAACCGGACGAUCCUUAUAUACAGGCUCCGGGGUUAACGCCCCACAGGGACGUUCAGAUUCGGUACACAACAGAGACCCCUGUGUAUACUGCGCCAGUGAUAGUUUACAGAACCUCACGGACCAUGGGAGAAUUAGGUCCUUUGAAUCUGAAUUAUAACUUAACAUGGAUCUUUUCUGUCGAUUCUGGAUUUAAUUAUCUUUUUAGGCUCCAUUUCUGCGAGUUUCAACUAGAGAUUACACUCCCGAAUCAGAGGGUUUUCAGCAUAUUCAUUGGGAAUCAGACGGCAGAGAACGGAGCAGAUGUUAUAGUAUGGAGUAAAGGAACAGGAAUACCGAUUUACAGAGACUAUAUUUUUUACGUAGUGGGUAAUGGAAACCGCGGGAAGACGGAUUUGUGGCUUGCGCUGCACCCCAACACAGAAACGAGACCCAAACCCCAGUUCAGUAAUGCCAUCUUGAACGGCCUGGAAAUCUUCAAACUGAAUGGAUCUGAUGGUAGUCUCGCUACGCCCAAUCCAGAGCCGCCCAUGGCUGCUUCGCCGUCCGAAUCACCAGUAAGCAAGAACAAAGUGUCGCCGCCGUGGGCCGCCGUCGCCGGAGCUGCGCUCGGCAGCGUAAUCGUAAUCGUACUCAUUGUUUUACUCUGUUUCUUUCGGCGACGGAGGACCAAAGACCACCAUACAAGUCUUGUGAAGUCAUCGUGGGUCCCAUUUUCGUACACGUCGAAGUCCAUCGCCACCCCCACCACAACCACAACGGCGAACUCAAUCGCAACCACGAAAUCUCCAGCACUCCCGUCCGAUCUCUGCCGUCGGUUCCUGCUCGCUGAGAUCAAAUCUGCCACACGCGACUUCCACGGCGCGUUUGUUAUUGGCGUUGGAGGGUUUGGCAGAGUGUACAAGGGGCACAUCGACGGCGGGACUACUACGGUGGCGAUCAAGCGGUCUGACCCGCUUUCGAAACAGGGUGCCCGCGAGUUCCAAACCGAGAUCCAGAUGCUCUCCCAGCUUCGUCACGUCCAUCUGGUCCCUCUGAUCGGGUACUGCGACGACGGUGACGAGAUGAUCCUGGUGUACGAAUACAUGGCCCGCGGGACCCUCCGCGAUCAUCUCUACAAAACCAAGAACCCCCUUCUCCCCUGGAAGAAGCGGCUCGAGAUCUGCGGCGGAGCAGCGCGUGGCUUGCAGUACCUCCAUGCGGGCGCGAAGCACCCGAUCAUCCACCGCGACGUCAAGUCCUCCAACAUACUGCUGGACGACAGGUGGGUGGCCAAGGUUUCGGAUUUCGGGUUGUCCAAAACCGGGCCGACGGGCAUUUCUCAGAACCACGUCAGCACCGCUGUGAGGGGUAGUAUCGGCUACGUGGACCCGGAGUACUACCGCCGGCGACAGCUCACCGACAAGUCUGACGUGUACUCGUUCGGCGUCGUGUUGUGGGAGGUUUUAUGUGGAAGACCGGCUCUGAUGCCGGACCUCCCGAAGGAGCAGAGAAGCUUGGCGGAGUGGGCCCGGCUUUGUUACAGGAGUGGGACCCUGUAUCAUAUGGUUGAUCCUAAUCUGAGGGCCGACAUUGCUCCGGAGUGCUUGAAGAAGUUUGCGGAUAUUGCAGAGGGAUGCGUUCAUGAUCAUGGGAUCGAACGGCCUACAAUGUGCGACGUCGUGUGGGGCCUGGAAUUUGCAUUGCAGCUGCAGCACACCUCAGAGAAGAACAUGAAGGGUGGAAAUGAGAUGAGGAGGAAUACAGAUGGGGCGCCGGGGAGCCCAGUCCACCCUGGCGGUGGUCGUGAAGGGACGACGGACGACGAGGAGAAUGAUGACGUGUUCACAGGAUCGGUUGCACAAGUGUCAGAUACAACAGUAAGCAGCGAAGGGAGGAGCACCAGUGGGAGCAGUUACAAUCCGGAUAGAAUGAAGUCGGAGGCUGUUUUCUCGGAGAUAAAGGAUCCAAAGGCACGUUGACAACUGAGAGAACACUGCAUACGUAAAUGAAAUGGGAUUGUUCUUUACAUUUUUUAUAAAAAAAAAAAUACAAUAAUGUAUAAAAUAUUAUAUGGUUGAGGGCACGAUAUGUUCAUAAGUAUGUACCAAAAAGAAGUAAUUCAAUAUAUGCGAGCUUAUGUUAUGCAGA